AUGAGUGGGUAUACUGUGAUCGUUGUGUUUUUAAUCACUGCCGUUUUAUCGGCAUUAGCGUGGGUGGCAGCACCAAAGGAAAACCGAACCGUAUGGAGAUCCUCGAUCAUCUUGGGUUUAUCGAUGUGCUACUUGAUGUGGGCCAUCACUUACUUGGCCCAAUUGCAUCCAUUGGAGGCUCCCAGAAGAUCCGACUUGAGACCUGAAUAG